AUGCAAGCUACUAUACCAUUAAUUGAUCAAGCAACAUCCCCAUUGAUUGAUAACAAUAAGGAACCAAAUUUAAAGUCUCCUCAAGUAUUUCAGCAAAAUGAAGAGCCAAAUAGUGACAAAUCGAUUUCUACUUUGUUAACGCCAUCUUCCUAUUUGCAACAAUCGACAGAUCUUAGCAGCAGUGGUCAGUUGGAUGAAGCUAAAGCUAUUUCAUUAUUUUCAAGGCAUGGAAAUCGUGUUGUUGUCUAUAAUAUUUCUUCAGAUGGUGGAAUUGUUACGAAGCAACAGAAAGCUAAAUUUUUUAACAAUUAUUCCACUUCAUCAGAAAAGUCAAAUACUGACAAUUGUGACGAUGAAAUUGAAUCAAUUUCAAUAAGCGAUAUACGUUCCAAAAAUACUCCACAGAAUGGGCACAAAAAAUUUGGAUGUGUGGAUUCUUCAAAAUUAGAUUUGACUAAUCUUAAGGAAUUAACGGAAGAAGAUUGCGAGUCUAUUGCGCUAAAGAACGUAUUGGAAGAAAAGACUCCAACUAAAGCAGGAGCAAGGCGUGCGAAAAUAUUUAAAAUUGGAAUGGAUGAAGAAGAAGAACCAUCGACCUUAAAUCAAAUAACACCAAUUCCAAACAAUUUUGAAUUUAGCUCAUGA